AUGCAGUAUAAAAACAGCGCUGUGCAAGUCACUGCCAUCCACUUUUUCUCUUUUAUUCUCCUCAGUGAAAAGAUUUACCUCCAACCCAGAGAAAUGUCCUGCUACGACCUGUGUGCCCCCACAACCUGUGGACCAACCCCACUGGCCAACAGCUGCACCGAGCCCUGCAUGCGACAGUGCCAGGACUCCACCUACAUCAUCCAGCCCUCUCCUGUAGUGGUGACCCUGCCAGGACCCAUCCUCAGCUCCUUCCCCCAGAACACCACUGUGGGAUCUUCAGCCUCUGCAGCUGUUGGGGAUGUCCUGAGUGCAGCGGGGGUCCCCAUCUCCUCUGGCAGCUCCUCAGGGCUUGGAAGCCUUGGCUAUUUGGGUUUGGGGGGCUUUUAUGGGAGGUCCUACCGCCGCUACAACCGCCGUGGGAGCUGUGGGCCAUGCUAA